GCGUGCUGUGAGAUUCUCGCGCUGCCCGGGGAAGCGCGUUGCCCGUGCGAACGUGGUCAGGUUCCACGGACGGGCCUCGGCUCGCGCUGAACGACCCCGGGCAGCGCCGGCUCCACCUUCGCUGCGUUCUGACGUCCGGCCCCCAAACCUAGAAGGCACCAUGGGCGUGUUAGCCCAGAUCUCCGCCAUCAUCUGGAAGGACGUGUACGUGCAGCUCAUCAAGCGGCACUACUUCAUCGCGCUGGCAGAGAUCUUCCUCGUGGUGCUCUCGUUCACGAGCAUCGAGAACGACCGGCCCAUCCUGCUGCCGGCCAAGUGCCCCAAGCUGCCCUGCCUCCGCUUGACCGAGCCCACCGUGUACGAGGAACGCAACCUGAGUGGAUUCCGCGCGCCGCAGCUGAUUAUCUACCAGCCGAACACAUCUCACGCGAGAGAGCUUAUGGCGGAGGCGUUUCCCUCCGAGCCUCCUAAGGUCGUCGGCUACCCAGACGACGAGUCCUUGUUACGCGUCUUCAAGCGCGUCACGCCCGUGCCCAAGCGGGGGCCCGAGCAGCGCGUCGUGGCUAUCCAGCUGCUGUCGUUCGACGAGAAUAAGCGCUUGCUACCCAGCGGCUACCCUCAGGACCUGACGUUCAUCCAGAGCAUGUACGACAACCAAAACUACCUGUCGCAACGCUUCAAGGGAAUCUCUUCGUUCGAGCCGCUGCCGACACCAGUCACGCAGCGAGAGUCUCUGGCCUUCUGCCAAAUGUCCCUGGCAAAGGGACACCUUUCUGUGCUACGGAAGCAGCUCAACUCGCCUCAACCGGAGUACACCUUCUCGACAAGCAGACUCCCCGACGGUCCUCUCCCCAUGGACGCAAAGAGUGGCUACAGCUUAACCGCACUCCGCGCCGGUCUCGGCUACAUGGUCCCCUUCUGCACGCUAGUGGCCCGGCUCGUCGAGGAGAACCAGAGCGGUAUGCGCGAGAAACUGCGCCUCGUUGGACUGAACAACGCAGUCUAUUGGCUCGGACAUUUCCUGGCCUCGUUGUUCAUAGGCAUGGUCGCUGUCCUUUGUAACAUGAUCCACAUGUUGUUUGCUCCGAACUGGCACAGCGACUUUCACAUCACGUACCUCAUGGGAAUCGACAAGCUGGUGGUCUUCAUCACCUUCUUCAUAUUCACGCUGCUGUACAUGCUGAAUGCGAUGUUUAUAUCCCUAUUCUUCACCAAUGCGACGGCGGCUGUGGUGUUCGCGAUGGCUUACUGGCUAGGAAUAUAUCUUGUGCCCUGGUUCGCGUUGGAGAAGCUGGAGGGCUAUGCCGCCGACUACAUUAGCCUGGGACGCAUGUCAAAGCUGCUGACGUCGGUGUCGCCCUGUAUGGGUCUUCACUGGUGCUUCAGAAUUCUCGGAUGCGCCGUGAUUACCGGCGAAGAUUACACCUUUCAAAUGGUGAACAAAGAAGUUCUGGGCCUCGACAACGUCAAGAUGAUCGAAAUUUGGAUCGUGAUGUUGGCGCUCACUGUUUCCGUAGCCAUCAUGAUUUGGUACUUCAGUCGCGUGCUUACAUGGGCUCUAGGCGUACCGCUGGAGCCAUGGUUUCCCUUCACAAUCAAGUAUUGGCUACCGGGCGCCCAGGGGAGCGUGGAGGUGUUCGAACCAAAAGAACCGGAUGGUUUCCGCUUCCAGAAAUACCCGCCGAAUGAUGCAUCUGUGACAGUGAGCCAGCUUGAGUACGAGCGCAAGGACAAGCAUAUUCUGCGCGACACAAAUUUCAAAGCUUACCACGGUGAGAUAUUGGGCAUCGUUGCCCCAAAUGGAGCGGGUAAAACGAGUCUCUGCAAUCUGCUGACCGGCUACUCGCUUCCGAGUGCGGGCCAAGUGAUGGUCCUCGGUUACGACAUGAUGCUGCAGACGAAUCUAGCAAGGCGGCACAUUGCUUACGUCCAGCAGCGCGACGUGCUCUUUGCGGAACUCACUGUUUUCGAGCACCUUCUGUUUUUCGGCUCCAUGAAAGACGAGUCAUGGGCCGUGCUAGACAAGCAGAUCGCUCAAGUGCAAGAAAUGCUCCAGCUAGAACCAAUCAUAAACGUCCAGUGCAAUAGGCUGGACAGGUCUCAAAAGAAAAUCCUGAGUCUUGCCGUCGCACUUGUCACCUGUCCAAAGGUUUUGAUUAUGGACGAAGUCAUGGUCAAAAUGUACCCCGCGACGAGAAAGGUAGCCUGGAACGCACUGAUUGCCCUGAAGAGCACCAUGUGCAUCAUUGCUGCCACGGCAAACGUGUACGAAGUCGACACGCGAGCCGACAGGCUCACUGUGUUUGGCUACGCAGCCCACAAGUGCUACGGCACCACAUCCUUCAUACAGAGGCGUUACGGCUGGGGAUACACCGUGAAAAUAGUCAAAAGCCCACAGUUUCGCGCACGUGACGUCCUGGCUGCCGUUCGUCAGAUAAUACCGGAGGCUCACGUGCUCCAAGACCAAAGAGCUUUUGCCGCAAUUGGCCUGGGACAACACAUGGACUACACGCCUGUGGCAUCAGUGCUCAAUAGAAUCGAGGCUGAGCACAGGUCGUUCGGCAUAACCUCUUUCACAAUUAGCGUCGUCACGAUGGAAGACAUCUUUUUCCGCAUCGUACUCGAAAUGGACUCUGGUGACUAUCAGUACAAGGCGAACAUGGAAAAGGCGAUGGGCAUAGAGGUGAAGAAGACUGCUGCCACCGAUGACCACGGGGAAUAUACCAUGGCCAAUCUUACCGUUGAUACAGAAGACCUGGGCGGCAUUGUCGAAGGUGGCGAGAAGUAUGAGUCGUCCAUCGAAAUUCAGCAGCAUGUCAAGGCAGUUUAUGACCUUAAGCCUUCAAAGCCCACUUGGGUUCAGCUGUUUAUGGCCAUGAUAAUCAAGCGUCGUCAAUACACCUGGCAAACACUGGCGCUGCCCAUGUUUUGCUUCAUUGUGCCCACGGUUAUUCUCAUACUACGCGGUGAGCUCGAGACCAUCGCCGGUCCGCGUGUGGCGGUCGAGUUCUCUGCCGACAACUUCAUCUACGACCUCCGCAGCUUCGAAAAAUCUGACCAAGUUUUUGUGGCCUACGACAAUGACUCUAAGGCAGUGGCAGAAAGCAGCUUCGAAAAGUACGUCCGGUCUCACAAGUUUCCCGUAAAGAAGGUGCCGAACAUCGAAAAGUUCUUGGAGGGCGAGAAGACAGCCCGCAUCGACAAAGUAAAGUACGUCUUUGGAGCCGAAUUCGCCUCCCACAAGACCGAGCCGACUACGCGCAAGGCCGUGGCCUGGUUUAGUGGCGACGCGUACCACUCACAGUCGUUGUCGCUCAACGUCAUUUCCACGGUGCUGCUGCGCACAGUGACCAACGACAGCAAAAGCGAAGUACUUGCCGUGCUGCGACCGGUGAAAAAGGGCAAGAAAUUAAUCGCUUCUCGGCGCCUGAAAAACGCAAAGCAUGCGGAGACCCUCGGGGACAUCAUAUCUUCGAGGCUGACCAAUUUUCUUUUGCUCCCGGCUGGCAUUUCAGUGGCCACGGCCAGCUUCAUUUUCUUCCCAAUAGACGACCGCGUGAGCAACUCUAAGCGCAUGCAGUAUGUGUCCGGUGUGUCGCCACUGGUUUACUGGCUGGCUAACUAUGUUUGGGACAUGUUCAUGGCAAUGGUGGGGCUGAUGUGUAUGCUGUUCCCUGGCUUCCUCUUCUACCAGCACUUCGGCAAUUACGUCGUCAUCGCCCUCGUCACCUACGUUCUGUACAUGCACAGCAUGUUGCCAUUUGUUUAUUUCUACUCUUUUGCUACUGACUCCAUGGUCUCCGGUUUCAUGGUGGUUCACGCAUUGACAUUCUUUUCUGGCGUCGUAACCACCAUGGGAUACCAACUGUACAUGAUCGCACAUGAGCGUGGGCAGGAGCUGAUCAGCGAAGAGCACUCGCGAGAUUUCCUACUGUGGCUGCUCUACCUGUGCCCUACGUUCAGUGCCUCGUGGGCGCUCGUGAAGGUGGGCCAGCUGGGCAUCGAAAACACUUACUGCACGUACACGUCCGACCUGUCGAUCAUCCACGACGUGUGCGCGUUCGUGAGAAACAGCGCCGAGGAUGCCGCCAUCAUGAUGACCGGCCUUCGCUACUGCUGCGCCUCCUUCUUCAAAAGCAACGAGACGUCGGUGCAUCCGCUGUCGUGGACGUCGUACCACAGGGACGGCGCCAUGACCGAGAUGACGGUGAUGCUGGUCGAAGGCUUGGUGUGUUUCUUGCUGCUCGUGAUCGCCGAGCAAGCCAUGAUGCGCCACUGGUUUGCACCGGCGGAUAUGGCGGAGGCGCCACCAGCGGCGAGGACGCCACCGGACGUCCUUGCGGAAUUCAACUACGUCAACAAGCUGCUUGAACGGCAGGAGCUUCACAAGCCUUCGCUUCUCGCGCUGGACCUGAAGAAGGUGUAUGGCCGGACAGCCGCCCUCCGUGGAGUGACCUUCCACGUGGACCCCGGCGAGACGUUUGCCGUGAUGGGUAUGCUGGGCUGCGGCAAGUCCACCCUCCUGGACGUGCUGUCCGGCUUCAAGCCUCCGAGCGGAGGCAACGCCUACAUCGGCACCGUGUCACUGAAGGAAGGGGCCCGCUGGGAGAAGUUAAUCGGACUGUGUCCCGAUUACGACGCGUUCUUGGGUCGGCUCACGGUGCACCAAACGAUGGUGCUUCAUGCCACCAUCCGCGGAGUCCAGUACAAGAACCGGGACACGCUUAUCGAUCACCUCUUCGCACUGCUCAAUCUGCAGGCUGUUGCGGACGAUACCAUCGACAACUGCAGCGCGAGCAACAGGCGGAAGCUGGCCGUGGCCGUUGCCAUCGUCGGCUUGCCUCCCGUGCUGCUGAUGGACGACCCGGCGACGGGCCUGGACCCAUUCGCGAAGCGCACCAUCUACAAGUCGGUGCAGAUGCUGCGCCAGCUGAGCAAGUCGGCCGUGCUCGUGGUGACGACCAGCCUGUGCGACGCCGUCAUCAUGUGCGACCGCAUGGCCAUUAUGGUGGACGGCUUGUUCCGCUGCAUCGGAAACCUAAGCCAGCUGCGCUCCAGGCUGUGCCGCGGAUUCGUGCUCCGGGUCAAGCUGAAGCCCGAGGCGUACGGGAACCCGGAGGCCUGGAAAGCCAUCGACAGCAUGGUGAGGGCGGCGUUCCCAGCGGUCGUCUUCUCCGGCCAGAUGACGGCCUUCGUCGAGUACGAGGUGGAGAAGAUGCCGCCGUGGAAGGACCUGGCGCAGACGCUGGCCAACUUGAAGCACCACCUGGCCCAGUACACGUACGACAUACUCUUGAGCGAGGUGACGCUCGAGCAUGUCAUACUGAAGGUCGCCAAGUACCAGGUGGUGCCGCUCAAGGGACCCGUCGUGCCGUCGUGACGGCUCCGCUGCGCUGACCGCCGGGCAGUCGCAGCCAACGGAGCUGCCCACGAGCGCAUCUGUAACGCGCUUUCUUUGUUUAUUUGAACAAGAAAGCGGCUCAUUACCGAUCAUGUACGCGAUCUGCUGUGCCUUGUGCAAUGUUUUCUUUGACGUGGCGCGCAGAAGCAGCCUUCGAUGCAGAAUAAAAUGCGGGCUGCUGUAAAUACUCGGCCGCUACUUA